UUCCUUGAAACCACAGAUCGACAUGUUUCCUAUGUUCUGACUUGUUCAUCCCAUAAACUUGUCCCUUCUUCACGCGUCUCCCAGAUAUUUGUGAUCAUUGACUCCGACUUCACAGUGACUCUAUGGACAGAAUACGAGGUUUCCUAAGGCGCCCUAAGCCAGACGCGAAUGUCGCCAGACUUCGACGGCGACGACAGGCAACUGCCUUGAUCCAUCGUAAUUUAACACAAUUGACGGUCGCCUUGUUUACCCUCGGAUAUGCGUGGAUGCUGCUUAUCCCUAUACCGUUGCUCUCCCAAGGAACAUACAUAGACGAAAAUGCGCUCCAGCCUGCGCAAGUCAAUACAUAUUGGAACUGGGGCGAUGUUCACACAGCAGACUUGCAGUUGUACCAACUGGAUGGUAUUCGAGAACGAAAUCUCACUAGUGAGCAGAGAGCGGAAUUCUUCAAGACUGAAUUCAGUAAGCUCGGCCUUGCUGCUUCCAUACAGAACUAUACUUUCAGUACCAGCAAAGGGACUAUCUCAGGCAACAAUGCGUAUGCCGUCAUGUCAUCGCCUCGAGCCGCUGGAACAGAAGCUAUGGUGAUUAGUGCAUCAUGGUUAAGCGCAGCAGGACACGGCGCACUGAAUUUACGUGGAACAUCUACUAUAUUAUCCCUCGCUGCAUUUUUGAAAGAUUAUUCCUUAUGGGCGAAAGACAUCAUCUUUAUCAUCAGUGACGACUACCUUCAUGGAAUGCAUGCAUGGCUGAGUGCAUACCAUGGUACAAUACCGUCAAAUCUUCAUACAGACCCUCUCGAGCACACCUCGGGGGUCAUUUGGACUGCUUUGAAUAUUGACUAUAGCAGCCAUUCUUUUUCGCACCUCGGCGUCUUCCAUGAGGGCUUGAACGGACGUCUCCCAAAUCAGGACCUCAUCAAUUCUUUCCGACUUAUCUCACAUUACACAGGCGGUGUCCCAAUGACCGUGUACGAUCACCUGGAGCCAUCGGAUUCUGUCGGGCAGAGCGUCCUUCCGUCAUGGGUUCCGGAUUUUAUUCAUCAGAGUCCACAACUUCAGCAAUAUGGGUAUCGCGCGCGGAAUGUAGCUCGGCACAUCGGCUACCAGGCUCGCGGCAUGUGUAGCGGGGUGCAUGGCCUAAUGCAUCAAUUCCGUAUCGACGCUAUCACCUUGUUCGCCGUUCCAGCAGACGGACCGCAUGGGUUCCAUGCACUAGGAAGAAUCGUCGAGUCUACGCUCAGGACAAUGAAUAAUCUUCUAGAGCGUUUACACGCUUCCUUCUUUUUUUAUAUCUUAACCAGUCCCGGGACUUUCAUGAAGAUUGGGAUGUUUAUCCCAAGCGCCAUCGUCGUCAGCGUUGCCAUGUUAUUUAAAGGGCUUGGCGAGUGGGUGACCGCAGGGUGGAUUUACGAAAUACCCGAGGCCUCUUUGAAAGGCAACAACGACACUGAAGCGCCUAAUCCUGCGAAAGGCACAUGGAGAAACAGGCGACGGCCCUUGCUGUCUGCGCUUACUAUUGUGGUGGUUACUCAUGUAUUAGGAGUUCUGGUAUUCAACCUGGUUUGCAGUCGACGGUUUGACGAGAAUCGAUUGUUUCUCGCGCCAGCUAUUUUUGCCGCCGUGUCUAUGAUACCCCCAGUGCUCUCUCCACUACUUUCGACAAAUGCCCCGGAAGCAGCUCCAACUUCAAUGCUCCUGAAAUCGUCGAAUUUGUGCUUAGCAUCGACAGUGAUAUCCAUUAUGUCCCUACUUAAUUUUUCUCUCGCCGCCAUACUUGGUAUAACUAUGGGUGUUCCUCUCGCGACGUCAUCCCCAUCUUCAAGCACAUUGACCUCUCGUUUGCGAUAUGCUGCUUAUUGUGUGCUAGCAUGGGGUUGGCUGGUGCUGGUACCUGGAGAGGUAGAAAGCGCGAUCUGGAACUGGGAGGUGCUGGGUGUGUGGUUUGCGCCGUUCAUAUGUAUCGUAUACGCCCCGCUAGUCAUGCAAGCUGGAGUUGUAUGCCUACAGGGGUCAUGAUGAUAGAUCAAUGGCAGCGUAAUGUCAGAUU